AAUGCAUACAUACAUAUAUACACAAAACACAAAUUUUUUUAAUCUGGAAGGUAAUAUGUUUACCUAAAAAUAAAGCUUGUUCGCAAACAUGAAUGGGAGGACGGUGGCAAGCAAAAUGACUUAGGAUAUCGGCUCAACAGUUCAAUAAAAAAGUGUAUAUUAUGGCUUCCAAAAUGGAUGAUGGAAUAGUUUUAAGCGGUUACCAGAAAAAACUAAAAACGAUGAAAAAAAAAUAUUUUGUGUUAUACAAGGAAACAAGCAACAACGCUGCUCGAUUGGAAUAUUAUGAUAACGAAAAAAAGUUUCAUCAAAGACUGGAAGCAAAGCGCGUCAUUUAUCUUAAAAAUUGUUUCAAUAUAAAUCGUCGCUUCGAUACCAAACAUAAAUUUGUAUUGGCGCUCUCAUCGAGGGAAGGCGGAUUUGGAAUUGUAUUAGAUACUGAGAGUGAUUUACAGAAAUGGUUGGACAGUUUAUUAUCAUUACAACGAUAUAACGCAAAUUUUCCAGAUCAAGUUUUUCCGCAGUUCGAACACGUUUGGCAAGUUGUCGUCCAAAGGAAGGGGAUAUCAGAAAAAGUCGGAAUCGUCGGAAGCUAUCAUUGUUGCUUAACUUCAAAAUCAAUUACUUUUAUUAGCAUAGGUCCGGAAAAAUCACCCACCGGAGAUGAUCGAGUCUUAAAAGCAGAGAUACUCUUAACAACAGUGAGAAGAUGCGGACAUGCUUCUCCUCAGUGUAUUUUUUAUAUGGAACUGGGCAGGCAGUGUGUUUUAGGCUCCGGGGAGCUGUGGAUGGAAACUGAAGAUGCAACUGUUGCUAAAAAUAUGCACGAUACAAUAUUAAGUGCAAUGUCAGCGAAAACAAAUGUUUGCCAAGAAAAGUCCGUCUUUAAUAAUGAGAAUAUGAGGAAGCGAUCUUCAUCCGUGAACGAGGGAGCUAAGCCAGUUACUGGCUUACAAAAACGACAACUAUCUACUGAAAUACACAAUCUGUCUUCAAAAUAUACAAAUUGCGUGCGUGAAAGAUGCGACAGUUUGCCUUCAAGAAAUCGAACAUCGAGUGAAUGUACUAACCAAAGUUACAAGGUUAUACCGAACCAUACGCAGAGAAGUAAUACAAUUUCAGGAACGCGGCCCUUUUCCGGUCAAGGACGUAGUCAUAGUCCACCGUUAAAUACUCCAAUUAGAUGUUCUGAGGGUAAAGAAUCCUCUAAUAGUAUUGAGGAAGCUGAUGAUAACGGAUGUUUUAAUCCUUACCGAUUGAAUACUCGGGCUGCAAAAGGUAUAAUUCCUGAGGAAAAUGUUGAUGAUUUCUGUGUUAUUGAUAAUAUUUGCGGCCGAUUGGACACUUAUAUUCCAAUGACUCCCAUCAAAUCACCAAAUGAAUUCGACAAUGUCAAUCACAUAAGUCAGCUGAAUCAAAAUUUAUUAAAUCAGGAAUCAUCAAAAAUGUCGAGUCUUGGAGAUACGAACAGAUCUUUUGACUUUGCUGACCAUGCUUUCAAGAAAAUAGAAAGGGAUUCGGAUGUCGACCAUGAUAUUCAAUGUGAUCGACCCGUACGAGCUUAUUCAAUAGGAAGUAGAAUGGAACAUUUUAAAGCGAAUGUGCGCCGCGGAAAUACACAUGAAAUAGAAAGCAACUUACCUCGUGAGCGAGCAUUUUCAGUGGGAGCGCGGUCAAAAAACAACACUAGUGGAACUAAUAGUUAUACGUCAAUAGAUCACCCCACAUACAAUAGGUUAGUCGGUUUCAGUACCUCUCGGGAUAAAAAGUCCACAAGCGCUCCCCUAUUAAAUUUGAAAAGCCAAAUAAAUGCUGAUCGCAUGAGUGAUUUAAUGGAGAUAGACUUUUCUAAAACAAGUACGGAAUCUAGUUUAAAAAAGUAUCCUGUUCACAAUAAGAAAACAAGCUCGCUCAAAGUUGCUUCCCAAUUUGGCGCUGUUAUAAAGUGUGACGAUAUGAUGAAAAGAUGUAACUCAGGCAACAUCACAGAAACGUCGGAUAGUGGGUACCUGGAAAUGAAGCCAGUUGGUAACCCAAGUAAAGUUGAACCUCUGCCUAAUAAGUCCCUCGCUCUUCCCGCAAAAAUUGUAUCUACCAAAAAGGAUCAUCCUAGCUUAUCCCCCGUUCAUGGCGCCGAUAGUUGUAAAGUCGACAAAACUAAAUUGCAAUUGAAUGAUUAUAUAAAUGAUAAGGAUGCAAAUUUACUGACUACUACUGGAGAAAUAAGUGUGGUGAACAGCAAUUUGGAAAAUAAAAUGCAGAACCUGUUUUUGGAUAUAAGAACCAGUAAUAUUACAAAGCCUGUCAAUUAUUCGAGAAAAUUGACACAUUCUAUAAGCAAUGAAGACUAUUCGCAAAAUUUGAAGGCUUCGAUUGCGGAAUUACUACCUGAAACUGGGUACAAAAUACUUCAGAUUAAAAGCGAUAGCUCUCUUAUUUCGACAAAACCAAUUCCAAGAACGAUUAUAAACAAACUGGAGAAACAACAUAAAACUAAGAUGUUGGAGUGCGCAAAUACAAGUAAGAGGGCGUAUAUAAAUGAAACUCCAACUAAGAGGAGUGCAUCUGUAACAGCAAAAGAAAUUCAAUGGGCAUCAAAUACAAAUGCCAAUGCUAACAACAAUAAACCUUUGAACGAACAGAAUUCUUCCUCGAGGCCAGCAUCGCUAACUUCCGACCACGAACUUCACUACGCUAGCUUAGAUCUUCCGCAAUGUAGUGGACAAAUAACAGCCAAAAACUGCAAGGAAGCUGCAUAUGAAUCUCCACCAGAAACGAUUUCUUCGAGUAAUUUAUAUGCAAGGAUUGAUUUUGAUCACUCGGAUUCGUCUUCUUCAUUAUCAAAUGUGUUUAAAUCUUAGAUAUCUAAUGCUAACUUAUUUACAACAUUAUUAUAAUAAUAAUUAUUAUUAUUUUUGUGAGUUACUUGUAAAUAUAUUGCUAUACAAACCUCUUCGGUUUAUCGAAGAAUAUGUUCUCUUUCCAAAUAUAAAAAUCUAUCAGACCAAAAUACCCCGUGUUGAUCCGAAAAUGAACCUAAUUAAAUUUCUGAAAUGUUUGAAUUAGGUACCAGCUGUAUAAUUUUUAUUUCACUAUAUUUGUGCCACGUUUCAAAAUCGUUAACUGGAAUAAAUGAAUAUAUCUUAUUUCAUUUGUCAUUUCAAUGGAUAGAUACAACAUAUUG